AUGGAGCAUUCGUACUCCGACGAACGUGGGGAACCUCAAGAGUACAUGGUACCAUUAAGUGAUGGAGGUGGGUGGCGUCCAAACUCCGAUUUGUCCCAGCAUUCAGGCUUUGGGCAUCAAGCACCAUCCAGGCAAGGUAUUCCCAUGCGCCCCACGAGAUCUGGCAGGAAUCAUCCUCUACCAUUGCAUAAUGGGAGACCACAACCGAUGGAAGUUGAACGAACAACGAAGUUUUUAGGAGCAAGCAGUUUUCAGCCGUCGUCAGCACGUUCCGAGUCUCAAUUUUCCAACGAGAAGCAGUCCUCCGAUUUUUCUCAGGACGGCGAAAUCGAGCCCAUUGUGCUAUGGAACAUCACUCUUCCAUUGGGCUUAUCAAGAAUUAUAAAGCAGCCGCCCAGUCUGUCCCAGGUAUCGGUGUUCAUAGUCCAAUUCGCUCCAUGCUUCUUGUGUUGCAGAAAUUCGGUGCACAGUGGAUCUACCGAUCGGGCAGUUCUGACCAGGUUGAAUUGGUUGUGCCUGAUUUUUGUGCUUAGCCAAAUUAUCGUGAUUUCACUCCUGGUGAUUUCCCUUGUUUUCCUUGACGACGCCCCCGGAAUCCUCGAUGAAUAUGACCCACAUUUCUGGAACCUCAAUGGGCCGGCGUUUGGGGUUCUAGCUGUGUCUAUCAUUCUCGUAAUGGUUUGCUUGGGAACGAUUCGAGUAUUGCAAAACGUUGAUUUGGUUGGCGCCAUUCGCUACUUAUGGGCUAUGUUGUGGCUUGUUCCGUUUGAAGUCUUCCUGAACAUCAGUCUUUUCGAUUACUUCAAUGUGACUUCCGUUUGGAUCCGCCACUGGUGGAUCCGACCUCAGCUAUCAUGGUUUCGUGGCUACUAUUGUCCUUUAGGAAAAGCCGACACACUUUGCGCGGUUCCGAUCAUGGGUGGGAAUGACUUUGAAAGUGAGGAAGACUGGUGCAUUUAUUUUCACAAUAGCACAACUUGCACACAGACGAGAGACAGCGCACAAUCUCAAAUGAUUGCAUCUAUGCUUGCGUAUUAUACCGUACUAGGUGCAUUGGGAUGUUUCUUGCUGUUCAUCAUGCUACUGAUGGUCAAUUCGCUCGAGCGUAUCAUUUCGAAACCUAUUGUUCAAAAGUCCCGAGAGACGAAUGUUCCAGCUUGGUUACUGUUACCAACACUUGGCAACGCAUUGGCGGGAUGGCUAUUUCUUUUCUCUCCAUCGUCGUUGCUGAGUUCAAGAUCUGGAGCAGGUGCUGAAAACUCUUGGAUUGGAUCUGUCUACUUGGUAACGGCGGCGCUCUUCUGCAUCGCAAUGCUGACGGGGUGGCUCUUGUCUUCGUUUUCGAUUCAAGACAAUCAUGACAAGAAGCGAAAGAGUAUUGCUGUGAUUGUUUUCAUCGUCGUUAUGGCCACAAACACGGUCCUCUUGGUGACGCUAUUUGUUGCUUCCAUCGUGUUGUCUGCUGCUUUGCUAGAGUCGCCCAUCGAUGAAGCUGAUAGAGGAGAAAUCGCAUGUUACAUUGAUUUGGGUGGGACUUGCACAGGUUGCGGGGACAGUGUUGGCGGGAAUCAGUGCCCAGAAUGGGGUCUAGACGAAGUCACAAGCAUUCUUCAAACGCAGCUAAAGCAAAGUGCGACGAUUGCAAUGAUUUGCUUCCUCUACUGCAUCAGUGUCCUACGUUUUGGUUUUGUGCUCCGAAAGCACUUAAGUUUGUACCAGAUUGAUUAUGUGUAA